CCUACGCUCCCCCUUUGCGGCACCUGCUUCUCCUGGGGGCACUACGACCGGAGCUGCUCUGCGUCGACCGACACCUGCCCGCGUUGCGGCGGCAACCACGAGGCCGCCAUGCACCACCUUGCAGCGCUCUGCUGCCGUGACCGCCCUGACAAGGAUAUUGUCCGGUGUGCGCACCCGCCCGUGUGUCGGAACUGCCAUGGGUCCCACUACGCCAACGACCAUAGCUGCGAGUUCUACCGGCACCGCAGCGACUGGGAGUGGUUCCGCUCUCGUGUCCCCUCCAUCGCC